AUGGGAAUAAUCAAAAUGAAUUUUGCGAUAGGCUUCACUGCUUUGUGCUUUUAGGCAUUGGUCCUUUAUCCUUGUCAUGAGACGAUAUCACAAUAAGUCGACAAAUUGGAGAAAAACAUUGUGAGAUUGGAAUAGAUGGAAGUGGAAUUGAAAACUCAUAUGGAGAGGAAUCAGCAGUUGAUCAAGCAAAAAAUAAUUGGGAAUGGAAAAAGUGCCUGAUGUGAUUUUCUACAUUUGUGUUUUUUGUAUAUUAAAUAUAAAUAA